AUGAACGACCUCAUUACCAACGUUUUUUUCAUCCUGGCCAUGCUGGUGGGCGUUGUCCGUGGCGUUGAUCUCGAAGAUUUCGUCAACAACUUGAACACAGACGUCGCACCCUUACUCGCACUCUUUGGUGAAAGAAUCACCAUGCAAUUUAUUGCACAGGCCGUGAGCUUUGCGGAUUGUUUCACCUUGGGGAUGGUACCUUUGGGUAUCAUCACAAUCAUGGUCAGCGCUAUCCGAGUCGGCGGCCCGACUUUGCUCAAGGCGAUCGUGGGCCGCGCAAGAGAGAAUAUGGCGGUGCCGGAGCUGGAGCUCAUGUCCUCCACCUCCGAAGAAGUUUGUGAGUUGUAUAACGGCAAGCACAUCGUGCGGUGCCUUGGGUCAGGGUCCAUCGGGCAGUACAUCUGCCUCUUCAGAGAGGGGCUCGACAACAGCGAGGCUGCGACUGAGGAUUUCGGAGUCAAGUUCAUGACGCUCAGAGAGGCUCUCCAGGAUGGGUCCCUCAUCCGGACCAAAGGUCCCGGUGUCGUAGAUGAGAUGCGAAGGAAACUUGAGCGGAUCUGCGAAAGGUUUUACCGAACCUUUAGUCUCAGCAGCCCGGAGGACGACCUGGAGUUAGGCAAUCUUUCCAAUCCCCGCCCCCUAGUACCCGACACCCGGCCCACGUUGACUGUCAUCUAUGACAUCGAGCCCGAGGCGCCUAAUAUCGCGCUAAAUCUACAAGAUACCUACAAACGAACGAGGAUCGUGAUGGCUGCCUUUCUUGGGGCCCUCGUGCAGAUGGCGGCUGUGGGAGUCUUUGUCUACGUGGAUAAGGACCCAAAGUUCCAACUCAAGAACGACAAGCCCAUACCCAGCUAUGCGCUUCCGACUGCGAUCACUGGAACCGCGUGUAUGGCAUUUGGUAUAUUUCUCUGUGCUCACGUGGUCGAGAAGAGUACUACAGAGGCUUCCUAUCGGGCGGGUGACAAGUUCGAGAUGUGUGUCUACUGGGUCCAGCGUGGGCAGACGGUCAACGACCAAGUGUUUGAGCCGUUUGUUUUGAGCCACGACAAGACUUGCUCUAUUAUUUCACAGUCUCGUCGAAACAAGGCAAAUGGUACUGUUCUGUCAUUCAAAACAGUUGUCGGUGUCCUGUUUGGCAUUUCCGGGACUAUCAUACAGUUCGUCGGUCUCAGGGGUAUGCACUCGGUCGCAUCACUGGCACAGCUAAUUGCUAUUGUCGUCAUGACUGCCAUACGAUGCAUCGCACGAACCGGUUUAACCAGUUCCUUCCGAACAGUGAAGCCUCGAGUUGGCUAUGAGCUGGACUGGCUGGCCAAAAAGCUGGUGGUGACGCCCAGAAUCACCACGGAAAGCCCUCUGAUGUCCCCAUGGAUUAUCACCAUGACUAGGGGAGCUCGCCAUCAGGCUCUCGAGCCAUUGACUCCGGAAGUGAACCAUUUGCUGCCAGUCUCGGAAGCACAAAGUAUAUUAGCGACGCGGCGAGGGCUGAGCAAACUCACACAGAUUCCUCACGAAUCGUCCCAGAAGGCGGUAAACCUCGCGACUGCCCUGGGCGAGGCACUCAACAUCCUUUUCCCCAAGGGGCCAGGAGUUGGAGGAGCCCGGGGGUUCCGAUGGUUUCUCACUGCGCGUAUUCACGGACAAAGUGACAACCAGCUGGUGUGGAUCGACCUGCCAUUCAAGGAGGGCAGGUGGAGCCUCGAAGUCGAUGAUCUCGUCGCAGUUCUAUCACUAUGGACAUCGGUGAACCCCAGCGAAGAUGAGAUGUCGGCCGAGCAGAUGUGGGAAUAUAUCGCCCCCACUGAAGACCGACGCGAAGCCGGUACGGAACUCUACAUACCAGAGGCCUACGGGGACGAGAGACCGGUGAUUCAGGACAUGAAAACCUGGGCCCCCCAAGACCAUGAGACACUGGAGGCGAUCAGGGAAGUUUCGGAAGGAUGGGGGAAGGUCAACAGAUCCUCUUUCUUCACUGGGAGACAUGGCUCGCGCAUUGAUGAAUGCGCCACAAACCUAUUGUUCUCGUUCGUGUGGUCUAUGGCGAUGACGCUCGAAGACCCCCUCUUGGGCAAAACAGAAGCUAGGCGGAACGCUACGAGCAACUCCGAUGAGGAGAGACCUCUGCUUUGGAAUAGUCAUCUGGCUCGGCUGGCCAAGGCUUUCGCCAAAGUUAGCGUCAGGUCGGAGCAAGCAACUAUGCUGGAGAUCAUAUGGGCUUUGAGCGUGGCAGGCAAGCUGCCAUUCCCUCAACCCUUAUUCACCUCCAUGUCGGCGAUGAUCGUGAAAGGACGCAGAUUAGGGGAUGUCAACCUGUGGCUCACCAAGGCUACCAGAGAGGCCAGAUUCCUGAUUGAAACAUACGCGAAUGGGACUAGCGGCAUCAGCGAAUGCAGUGCCGCAUGGCUGCUGGACCUGCUUCACAGCAUGCAGGAUACAUCCAACAAGUUUGGCCAAAGCUAUGGACCAGCGCCCGACAACGAGCAAUCCUGGGAUGUCUUUCUCUGGGGACUAAUAGAGAAAUACACAACAGCCGAUUUCCGAGGAAGCAUGAAAGAGCUGUAUAGUCGUCAAGGUCGAGGGAUAAGCUAUCUGUUCUGCGAGACCGCAAGUGGGAGGUUGCUGGCACAUCUGAAAGUCACACCUCUACACAGGAGGGCAAUGAUUCGAGACAUGACCGGCGUGGGCGUGCCCCCCGAGCAGAAUGCCUUUGUUAACGUUCAGGAUGUUUGCAACUGGACGCCGCUACAUUACGCGGCUGCGAACCGCAAUGUCGAGGUUGUCAAACACCUCCUCGAUCAGCAUGCCGACAUUGGUCUUAAAGACCAUAGCGGGCUUACAGCAGCGCAUCAUGCCUGCUUAUCGGGGUGCUGGGAAACCCUGGGGAUGCUCCUUAAAGAGGGUGCUGGCUUGAAGGACCAAGCCAACAAUGGGGCGUCUCUGAUGCAUCUGGCGGCUGGGAAUGGCCACUUACACAUCGUGAGAGAGCUCUUGCAGAAGGAAGCCCAAGGUCAGGCAAGGAACAGCGCUGUAGGAGAACUCUCUCCCACCCUCUCGACCCUGAGAGACUUUGACGGCCGCAUGCCAGUGCACUGGGCUGCAGCCGAGGAACAGAACCAUGUCAUGGAGGAGCUCAAGGCAAACAUUAACGUCCAGGACUACUAUGGCUGGACUCCCUUGCACAUAGCUGUGCUGACUGGGAGGGAGAAUCUUGUUGAGAUAUUGCGCAUAUUACCGGUAAACGUAGAGAUCAAGGACGUGAAGGGUCGUACACCUCUCAUCCUAGCGUGCCGGAGGACGGAUUGGGUCGCUAAUGAGGCUAUCAAGAGUCUUGUUGCCAACGGGGCGAAGGUGGACCCGGUGGAUUUGAAGGGCAGAACCGCACUCCACCACCUAGCCUCCAGAGGGGCUUUCACGGACAUUGCUUCCAUUCUCAUCAAGAGCAUGGAUAUGAUGUCUUCUCGAUGCCUCCUUAACCAGCCAGAUAAGGCUGGCUUUACGCCUCUGCGCCUGGCCGUUUCGAAUGGGCACACGGACUUUGUUGAGCAGUUCCUGGAGGCAGGCGCCGACACCCAUGACAUCCACCACUUGACGCUCCUGGCCUCAGGCCUCAAUGGGGCAAAUACUGAUGAUGAGGCCUAUCGGUUGACCAAGACGCUGCUUAGACAUGGUUGUUCCCUCCGUCCGAGAUCGAGAGAUGGCGAGCGUCCCAUCGACAUAGCCAGGCGUAGGAAUUUUGCCCGGGUCGCAAGCUAUCUCGAAGAGCGGCAGGAGGAGGAGGAGAAGGCAGGGAAGAGCUGGCGCAAUUGGCUCUUGAUGUAA